AUGCGCGAAAAGCACGCGGCGCCGCGCCGCCUCGCCUCCCCCCCGCUCUCGCCGCGCCGCCCCAGCCCCCUCGGCUCCCCGCGCGCGGACGAGCCCCUCGACCUGCGCGUCACCCACAAGCGCCCCCAGCGCCUCGAGGACGAAAACUGCAACCUCAUCAUCCCCUCGCCACCGCCUCACCCGACACACCCAGCUCACCCCGCGCAUCCAGCGCUUCUUCAGUUCUGUAGACGAUUGCCUCUCGCCUUACCAGCAUCGUUCGGGCGAUACCCGUUCCUCCCGGCAGCCGCGGCCACGCUCCUCGCUCCGGGAGCCCCUCGACCGCCGCCCAUACCCCCCAACCCUGGCGCCCCGCGCGCUAGAGACCGCUACACCUGCUCUUACUGCGGCAAAGCGUUCCCUCGAAGCGCAAACCUGACCCGACAUCUGCGGACGCACACGGGUGAACAACCCUACCGCUGUAAAUACUGCGAGAGAUCCUUCUCGAUAUCCUCGAAUCUUCAGCGGCACGUGCGGAACAUCCAUAACAAGGAGAGGCCUUUUCGGUGUCGUCACUGCGACCGCUGCUUCGGGCAGCAGACGAAUUUGGACAGGCACCUGAAGAAGCACGAGGCGGAGAACGGCGACGAUGGCCGCCGACGGUCGCCGGACGAAACGUACUUCGAGGAGAUCAGGUCGUUUAUGGGGCGGGUGGCGCCGGCAGCCCGCCGCGCCGCCGCCGCCGCCGCCACGGCAGCGGACCAUACCUGA